AUGGUCAACAUCAUGAAAGUAGCAAGAGAGACUCGGCGGCUUGCAAUACCUCCAAAGUUCAAACUUCCGACGAUGCAGACCCUCUCGGUUCUGCUUCUCGUCGUUGCGGCCAGCAUACCGACGGCGGAAACCUUUGGGUUCUGGCGUCCUCAUCUACUAGAACUGUCGACACAGCUAGGAGUCAACGACAGCAUUCCCGCGUUACCAAGGGCAAACCGAUGGCCACGGCCGCAGCUGACGCCGGUAUUCAUAGAUUCAAAUACCAUCGCAAAGAGAUCUGAGCAGAGGGCCCCUACCACGGCAGUGACCCUAGGCCUAAACACCUGCGGCUUAUUCACACUCUCUAAAGAGACAGGUCUGGUGAUACGAUCACGCACUUGCGAUGAAGACAUCCGCUGCACCAUUCAGAAUGAUUAUUUAGCCUGUGGAGCGGCCCUAGCAACCGCUUGUUUGCCUCACGGUCACUCCAUGUGCAUUCCAUUUCCAUCUCAGACUCGCGGAAGGGAUACAAUGUGCUGUACGUCAACGAACAGCUUCAACGGGGAGUGCCAGGAGUUCCGCCGGAAAGAGGGCAACCAAGACAAAACACUCUGGGGAUGUCGCGAGAAAGGCUUGCCAUGGGAUCCCCUCGUCUACCUGUAUACCGCAUCGACCAAUUUGCUUCCUCCAGCUCCUGCCACCACCACGUCUUCUUCUUCUUCUUCAGCAGAUACGCGAAUCACGUCCGUGCCAGGCUCCUCCUCGACAGUCUCAGACGACACGUCAACACCAUCCGUGCCAUCAAGCCCGACGCUUUCGACAGCCUCCUCGACAAGCGCACCGACGCCGGAACCUUCCAACGGCGGUGGCGGUGGCGCUGCUCCAUCCAGCGGUAAUCAGACGGGUGCCAUUGUCGGCGGUGUCCUCGGCAGCGUGACCAUCCUCGCCAUCGCCGGCUGCGUCGCCACAUGGCUCGUUGUGAGAAGAAGAAGAGCUUCGUCGGUCCGGGGAGAGUCGAGAGGCGGUGGUCACGUCUCGCCGUCUCCCAGCCACGAGCUCGCCGGCGACCAGCCGUGUGUGUCUCCGAUAAACCAGAAAGAGGGAGAGCAGUGGAACUAUCAGCCCAUGUCACCCACGUCGCCCGCGUCCUCGUCUGCUCAGCAUCGGGACGUUUUUCAGGCGCCGGCGAACGAUUCGAUAGGAAGCGCGAUGAAGCCGGCUGAGUUGGGCUGA